CUAGUGCAUUGUCCCGGGCCAGGCUCGGCGGGCGGCAAGGCCACUGCGGCGCAUCAUGCAGUUUCCGCGGGGCCGGAGCCACUCCAGAGAGCUCUACCUGCAGGAGCAGAGCCUCAAGGUGGCGGCGCUCAAUGGGCAGAGGCUGGGCCUGCAGAAUGACGAGGACCUACAGGCGCUGCUGAAGGGCACCCAGCUCCUGAAGGUCAAGUCCAACUCAUGGCGGCGAGAGCGCUUCUACAAGCUGCAGGAAGACUGCAAGACCAUCUGGCAGGAGUCCCGCAAGGUCAUGCGGAGCCCGGAGUCCCAGCUCUUCUCCAUCGAGGACAUCCAGGAGGUACGGAUGGGACACCGCACGGAGGGCCUGGAGAAGUUUGCCCGGGACGUGCCCGGGGACCGCUGCUUCUCCAUUGUCUUUAAAAACCAGCGAAACACACUAGACCUCAUCGCCUCGUCACCAGCUGACGCCCAGCACUGGGUGCAGGGUCUGCGCAAGAUCAUCCAUCACUCAGGCUCCAUGGACCAGCAGCAGAAGCUGCAGCACUGGAUUCACUCCUGCUUGCGAAAAGCUGACAAAAACAAGGAUAACAAGAUGAGCUUCAAGGAACUGCAGAACUUUCUGAAGGAGCUGAACAUCCAGGUGGACGACAGCUAUGCCCGGAAGAUCUUCAGGGAAUGUGACCACUCCCAGACAGACUCCUUGGAGGACGAGGAGAUUGAGGCCUUCUACAAGAUGCUGACCCAGCGGAAGGAGAUCGACCGCACCUUCGAGGAGGCUGCAGGCUCGGGGCAGACCCUGUCCGUGGACCAGUUAGUGACCUUCCUGCAGCACCAGCAGCAGGAGGAGGCGGCCGGGCCUGCCCUGGCCCUCUCCCUCAUUGAGCGCUACGAGCCCAGCGAGACUGCCAAGGCCCAGCGGCAGAUGACCAAGGACGGCUUCCUCAUGUACCUGCUCUCGGCCGACGGCAGCGCCUUCAACCUGGCGCACCGGCGGGUCUACCAGCCCUACAGGGCGCUGUGCAAAGGCUGCCGCUGCCUGGAGCUGGACUGCUGGGACGGACCCAACCAGGAGCCCAUCAUCUACCACGGCUACACCUUCACCUCCAAGAUCCUCUUCUGCGACGUGCUCAGGGCCAUUCGGGACUACGCCUUCAAGGCGUCCCCCUACCCCGUCAUCCUGUCCCUGGAGAACCACUGCAGCCUGGAGCAGCAGCGCGUGAUGGCGCGACACCUGAGCACGAUUCUGGGCUCCAUGCUAUUGGACCGGCCGCUGGAAGGGGCCACCACCAGCCUCCCAUCCCCUGAGCAACUGAAGGGGAAGAUCGUGCUGAAGGGAAAGAAGCUAGGGGGACUCCAGCCCCCCAGCGGGGAAGGUGGCCCUGAGGCCAUUGUCGUGUCAGAUGAGGACGAGGCAGCCGAGAUGGAGGAUGAGGCCGUGAGGAGCCGAGUGCAGCACAAGCCCAAGGAGGACAAGCUCAGGCUAGUGAAGGAGCUGUCUGACAUGGUCAUUUACUGUAAGAGUGUCCACUUCCGGGGCUUCUCCGGCCCUGGCAGCCCGGGGCAGGCGUUCUAUGAGAUGGCGUCCUUCUCUGAGAACCGCACCCUCCGGCUGCUCCAAGAGUCAGGAAACAACCUUGUCCGCCACAACGUGACUCACCUGAGCAGGAUCUACCCUGCUGGGUGGAGAACCGACUCCUCCAACUACAGCCCCGUGGAGAUGUGGAAUGGGGGCUGCCAGAUCGUGGCCUUGAACUUCCAGACGCCUGGCCCAGAGAUGGAUGUGUAUCAGGGCCGCUUCCAGGACAACGGGGCCUGUGGGUACGUGCUGAAGCCUGCCUUCCUGCGAGACCCCAACUCCACCUUCAAUCCGCGUAACCCGGCUCAGGGGCCCUGGUGGACUCGGAAGCGGCUCAGCAUCCGGGUCAUCACGGGGCAGCAGCUGCCGAAAGUCAACAAGAGCAAGAAUUCGAUCGUGGACCCCAAGGUGACGGUGGAGGUCCACGGCGUGGGCCGGGACGUGCCCAGCCGCCAGACCGCGGUGGUCACCAACAACGGUUUCAACCCGUGGUGGGACACGGAGUUCGAGUUUGAGGUGGGGGUGCCCGAGCUGGCCCUGGUGCGCUUCGUGGUGGAGGACUAUGACGCCUCCUCCAAGAACGACUUCAUUGGCCAGAGCACCAUCCCCCUGAACAGCCUCAAGCAGGGAUACCGCCACGUGCACCUCUUGUCCAAGAACGGAGACCAGCACCCAUCUGCCACCCUCUUUGUGAAGGUGUCCCUGCGGGACUAGGCGUGGGAGCGGCCCAGGGCAGGGCGGGCGCGCUGCUCCCAGCCUCGCGCUCUGAGCGGGAGGCCCGCCCUGCCCUGGCUCUGACACACUGUCUGUGCUGCUGCCUCUCCCGGGUCCUAGGAGCUGGCCUGGGCCCUGAUUUGUCCUCACCUCCGUUAAGAACAACACUGCGGCCCUCUCCACCCUCUGGCCGGCCCUCGGUUGAGGGUUUUUAUAAAAAUCUUAAGACUAA